GAUCUUUGUUUUGAUUUGGGAGAUUUCAAGCACAAAACUUUAAAUAGAAACUGCUCUAAAAGCUAUAAACGGUGUGUUUUCAUGAUUGCUAUGGAAGCAGAUUUUGUAGGAUCUUCUCAUUCAGCAACUGACCAGAUCCAGAUUUCUAAUGACGAAAAUGCAAAUGCCAAUUUCAAAAGCAAUAGAAGUGACGAUACGGUGCUCAUAAAAGAAGAGUUGCUUGAUGUGUCUGCAUGUGGAUUCCAAGGUAGAGAUAGCCUACUGCCAACCUCUGGAGUUGCCAAUAACAUCACCAACUCCAUGGCCAACCAGUCUGUAAAGAUCGCUCAGCAUCAUCCCAAUGGAAUGAAUCCAUCCACUGAAAAGCAGUUCUCCACCAACCCAGCAAUGGUCUUGCCAACAAGCAUAAGUACGAUACCCAACCAAUCCCUAGUGAACCCAUCUCACCAAUCACGACGAGAUAUUUUUCAGGCCGGAGGAGGCCCAGCACAGCACACUAGCAAUGGAUUAGUACAGCAGGGAGGUAGUCCAUUCAAUAUUAGUAUACUACCUCCUAUAACAAGUAUUCCUGGAAGUAUUAUGGGCCAAACUCAGGUCCAAACCUCAGCCAGUACACCUUGUAGUCUGUCAGGCUUUGGAGAUAGUCAAGUUGCACCAUAUGCAAGGAAAUCAAUGAAUCGAUUUAAUAAUAUUCAAAUGCGAUAUUCUUUUACACCAGAGCAGAAGAUGAUUCUGCAUAAACACUUUGAAACUGGAAUGACGGGACAGAGUUUAGCAUACCAGGGAAAAAUAAUGGAAUGCGCGCUGGAAGCUGGCGUGGAAUUUGAUGUCGUCAGGAAUUGGAUUGGAAACAUGAGACGCAAAGAGAGAAUGGCUGCAGCCCAACAAGCCUACAUGGAAAACCGUGCGUCAAAUAUGGCCGCCAACCCUGCACUAGCAUCAUCCGUACCCGGAAUGCCCCCACCAAAAUUAGCCCGCAUGGACAUACUACCACCUCAACCAUUACCCAUGAGACACAGACCAUCCCCUGCCACAUACGCUAAUCAGCCUGGAGUUGUUCCAUCGGCACCGAAUAUACGACCUGUUGGUAUGGUCCCCCUGCAUAGCUUAUCAGUGGUAUCAGGUUCGUCGCAGCCCGACAAAGGUCCUGCUCAACCCCAAGCUGGAUGGCUUGGAGAAGGGUCUCCCAGUACUCUUUUGACUGAUGGGAGGAACGGACAUCCAUCUCGACAUCCACAAAUGAUGUCAGCUAUUGACCAACAGCAAAUGCAUGUACAGGCUGUAAUAGAAGCCAUCAAAAGUCAUAUGCAGAUACUACAAACUAUGGGGUGUGAAUGUGUUAUGGCCGCCGUUACGCCGUUUGAGAACAAGGCCCUUAUUGAUAAUCGGACUCUGAUCACCGGUACGACAAAGGGUGUACAGUAUUUCGCUCAGAUACAAAAAAUGCAGCCAUUCGCAGAAUUCGUCAAAGCAGAAGCAAUGUUUGGUAGCGAUGACGAUGAUUUGUCAAUCGGAAACGAAUCUUUGUCUGACGAAUUUGAUGAUGUGGCGGUGAACGAUCAACAGAAGCAGCAGCAGCAAGAGCAGUCCAUUAAUGCGGAAGGUGGGAAGGAUAACGGCCGAACUUCUGCUGACCAGAGUAACAAAUGCGAAGAAAAAAAUCAAUCAACUGAUUUUUCAUCAGCAAAUUCAGAGGUCACUGUUAGUAAUGGUCAGGUCAUUCAAGCCGGGGAAGAAGUGCUGAUUGUGAACAAGGAUCACCAUAUCAUUGGUAAUGGAUUUCUUUUACCAUCCCCUCACAAAAAAAUUGAACUGAAAACAAGCAGUAACUGACUGAGCAGUAAACUGUAUGCAAGCAAUAGGCCUGAAAACUCCAUAAAGGCCUAUUCUCUACUAAGCGUGGUAUGAACUGAUAUAAUCUGGUAAUAGGUAAAAUCUAUUGUAUUCCUUAUAAUUAUUAUAUCAUCCUACCAACUGGUAUGAUUUGUGUGGUUGAGACAUGACCAAUAGAUAUGGAAUGGAGUAACAAUAGCUCGGCGGUGACAAAUUCCAUUCAAAACCUUGCCAUCCUACAUUAAAAAUAAUAACCCAGGUGUAGGGUUAAAAUCAUAUUAAUAAUAGUAAUGUUAUGGUUGGUGAUUUUUAUAGUGCAUAAUACAUGGUAUUUAUGGGCAGAUGUUUCACAAAAGUAAAAAAAUGAAAACCUAGUACAACCAAGGAACAGUCUACUGCAGAGGAACCAUCAUUAUUGCAUCCUUUUCUUGCAUAGUAACCUUCUUUACUGUAUUUAAUUAAUCUGUCCAAAAUUUAGUUGUAUGCCAAGAUAUUAUUUACAUGUUAAUUGCAGUCUGUGAAUACACUUGUUUUUUAUUGUAACUGGGAGCACCACUACAAGUGGUCCCAUAAACCACGUAGCUUUUUGUAUCUUUUAUUUAUAUGCUAGCGUCCCAGUCAGGUUACAAGAAAACAACAGGCAAUCGUGUACAGUAAUUCAGACUUUGGAUUUUCACCAGACGAAGAUUUUUUUACUGCAAAAUAAUCUACAUUUGCUCCUUCAACAACGAUACUCUACAUUGUCCAAUCAUUUAAAUGUUGAAUGCUCUGCGGUGUGAGAUUGUGGCUUGAUCGCGCGUCUGGUAUGAAACUGCAUUCACGUCAAGUGUUUCAAAUAAGGUGGCUUGACAGGGUUGACCCAGCCGAUGUGACCUGUUCUAUGUCAAGGCAUUGACCAAUCAUUACAUUCUAGACCAUAAUGUUGUCACACUCACAAUGCUGAUCAUAUUACGACUUGUGAUUGGUUUUCUCAGGUUAAAAGACAAUGCUUUACUAUUUCCAAUGUUAAAUCAAUGAACGCUCCUAUUAUAAAACAUGAUUGGUAGGUCCAUCUUCAUUGCGCAUACUUCCAUUUAAUUUAAUAGUAUUUUAUGUACCGUUGCUGCUCUCUGCUACCACACGUUAUUGGAAAUAGGCCUUGGCGUCUUUGAUAUCUGUGUUGUGUCUCUACACACAACAUUCUCUAUGUAUAUUGUCUUUUUUUCUUUUUUUUUAAUGUGUGCUUUAAGGUAUCUUUGCAUUUGUUAUGAAAUGUUCAAAUCCUGUAUGGGUCAGUGUAUAAUAGUAAACAAUAAGUAACAAUUCUGAUUAAUACAAGUACAUAAUGUUUUCCCUUCCUCCAGUAUUAAUUAGUGCAUACUCAUUUGCAUAUCAUAUUUUUAUUAACAAGUUAUAAAGGCAUUAUAUUUUCACUACAAAUAAAACCCAUAAGAAUAUAUGCAUUGCUAGGCAGUCUUCAUAAAUAGACUGUUUAAACCACAACUUAGGAACAUUUUUCAGCUGAAUGUAAAAUCUGGCAGCAUUAGUCAUCAAUUGAUUGGUUGAUUUAUUUUCUUAUUGAUUAAUGAUUGGUUAAUUGAUGAUAUUAUUGAUGAUUGGUUGAUGACUGCUUGGUUGGUUAAUGAUUGGUUGAUGAUUGCUUGGUUGGUUGAUGA